AUGGGUAAUCGCGCGUCGUCGUCUCGAGGUGCUACUACUAGUGAGCAAGACAAAGCACGAGAUCAAGGAUUGGCGGGUCACACUCAGGGUCGUCGUGAGCGCCGGGACAAUGCUGUGGAUAUGGAAUCAAUGGAAUACUCGAGACAACAGCAGCAGAGGCAGCAGCAGCGAGAGAGACAGAGAGAGCUUCCGUCGGAGAUGAUGAUCGCGCCAGGCGCCCAUACUGGUCAUCGCGAGCGCCAGGCCGACGCUGGUGCAAUGGUGUCAAUGGACUCGACGCAACAACAGCACCAGCGGCGGAGGCAGCGGCAGCUACAGCCGGAGAUGAGGAUCCCGGGACCUCCUCAAGGCGAUCACGCGAUUGCUACAGCUGCCAUGUUUGGAUCGGCGGAGAAUACGCAAGUUCAUGGUGGAACGUUUACUGCUCAUCAUGGGCCUCAAGCAUCUUUUGUUGUCAAUAUACACAAUGGACCUCAGACUCCGUUAGGAAGUGAGGCUCAGAGGCAUCAGACAGGUGGGCGUCCCCGACGCGCGCGUUCGCCGCGAGAUCAUCCCCUACCUCCCAUUCCUCCUCAGGAGGAAGAACCAAUAGGCGUUCGUCACCAUCAAUCAGUUGAGCCGCGUAUUCGGUGUGUUCAAAGGAGCAACCAAGUCUACGAACAACACCUGCUUCAGAAGGGACGAGGGCAUCCUCUUUGGAUACCGCAGCCCAAUAUACAUCUUCCAACGCCUUACCGAGUAAAAGGUGUGUGCAUCGGUGAUGUUGGGAUCAUCACUUCGGAUGGCGCUUUCGACUUUUUGUUCAACAUAUGUCUGUCUGCGACGGAUCCAAUCCACUCAGGCCAGCUUCCAGCGGGGUUUGUUCCGGUAGACCCGCCGUUAGGCGUAAAGGAUACUCGGGCGUACAAGGAAUUUACAAAUGGAAGCUACCUGGCUAGCUCCACGAUACAAAAGGUCCUCACACAACGCAGGCAAGUAAAUAUUGAUGAUUCUUCUAUGUCAAUUUCAAGUACAAAUAUUGACGUCCCUUUCAGCGGAUUCUCAUUCGAAUCUUCGGCCUCGGAAGGCUCUGUAUUAACGAUGCCGGAAGGCGCGUAUAAAGAAGAGCUCAACAACAUAUCAAAAUUCCGCAACCACAUUGCAAUCCACGCAGAGAGCUGGUAUAGAUUCGCGAACGGGCCUUGCGGUCGCGAAAUCCAGAAUGGCGACUUGCGGCUGGUGAUUGGAUGUGAUAAAACGACGUAUUGGGGAAUCGCGACCUUUUACGACGUUGUCCAGCAGAAGAACCUGCGAUUGCACUACGUUGCUCGACAGGGGGCCGAUGGGCGUCGGAUUCCGGACAAGACUUACAGUUGGGAACAUAAUGGAGGGGCGGAAGUCCGAGUUGGACCUGAUCGUGAAGAGAACGACGACAUACUGAGCGAACCUGGCCAAGGUCCUCUCCUAAACCAAUGCCUUUUCUUGCGAACCCUCACAGUCACCCUUUCUGAGGAUCUUUGGCAUGGUGUACAACGUAGCCUCGGAGUUGAUGUCAAGGUGGAUGAAUCUGAGCCAUCAUCGGGGAGUACUUCGCAAACUCAAAAACCAUCCCCUGCGGUAUCCACCCAAGAUACAUCUUAUCUGAGAAGAGAAAUACAAGGAUCGCGAAAUCACAGCAAUCAGUCGACUUCUUUGGCCAUUCAGAACGCGGAUAAUGUUAUUAUACAACCUUCAACACCGUCUUCUAAACCUGAAGCCAAGGUUGCCAUAGUCAAUGACAAGGAUUGGUAUUCCAUUCUAUCCUCGAAUGUAAAUUUGCAGUCACUCCGCGAGUCCCAAUCCGGCCUCCUAUUAUCCGAAAUUCGCAAAACAAAUGACAUCUAUGUGUCUGAUGGUGUUGUAUAUCUCGAGCCGAAAGGACAAAAUUUGGAGAGUCUCAGUCCUGAGACGGUAUCUUUGGUCAAUGAAUUGAUAGACGGGUCAAUUCCACUCUUAGAUUACCUAUUCGGCAGAUCUGGGAGGCUUCAAAUGCGUCACAAAAUCGUCAAAGAGCUUGGAUUGAAGAUUUUAGAGAACUUUGUUAUUGAUGGAGAUGGAGAUAUGGGUACACUUCGGAAACAGCUUGAAGGCAUGCUAUAUGAAUCUCACAAUAAUUUUGCUGAUGCCCUGCAAAACCUCCUUGAAGAGAUAUCUACUAUGGAACCCGAAGUUGAACUACGAUGGCAGACGAAUGAUGCAUCCCAUCGGGCCUUCCUAGAGGUGCAUCCGCGAAGUUAUCUAUGUCUUGACGACAUUAUACGGUCCAUCAAGGUCUCCAGAGCCACCAGUCUCCCGAUUCAACUUGCCCCUCUUGAAACAAUACAGGACCUUCGAGACAGGUUUCACACGUAUUCCACAUCAUUUGUAGUGGAAAGUCAGAUUUCCCUGCUGCUAAAACUGGCAAAUUCUCUACUAAAUAGGUAUCUGAAUCUCCAUCAAAGCGAUGAUCUUGACCAGGCCAUUUUCUACUAUGAGGAGGCUUACACAUCGUGGUCCCCAAUCCAGUCAUACCAACAAGUAGAGGCAUUGCUCGGUCUUUGCUCCUCUCAUUACUGGCGACUGCUAUUAACGCACAAAGUCGAUGAUCUUAUUGCGCUAAUCAAGCUCAUUGAAGCUCAAAGCAACAUUGAUCGCGUACAGUUGACUGUACCUAAAAGAAACAUCUCCAAUAACAACGAUACACAAUUGGCAGCCGAUGUGAUAAUGAUUCCCGCACGCAGGCCCGAAACAUACUACAGCGACAAUGAAUCUUUUGAAUACUUAAUUUUUGACGACACGCCUGAACUUGAAUCAUCUUGGAGUUAUUCCAUAAACUCUUCCACCAUUUCACCCGAUAUACGAAAUCUAAUGUCCAAAGAACUCGAGGAGGCGAACCGUAUAUUCCAAUUGGGUGUUACAAGGAAUAUUAUUGAAGAUUACCUGGUUGACUGCUUUCGCAAGAUCAAGGAGGCACACCCGAAAAGAAAGACUCUUAGCAUCGGAGAAUGGCCCCAAGGCCAGCAGAUACAGACGUUGGUCAAUUCAGCGUUAGGAAGAUUCGUCUAUCCCAUGACAGUCAUGCGCUAUGUAUCUUCCUCCCGACACUCUCCAGCCGACCGUCUUAACACUGUACUCAAUGACAAGGAAUCUUCCGAGAAGAUCAAAUCGUUGUGUAUGUUGAUUCUUCAUGAGGCACCUGACAAUCACGAAAUACAUCGGAUAUUGAACUUCAUCGCCAUCGGCAAGAAUUUUAUCUGGAGCCCUAGAAAUAUGGAGGAAUACCUUUUCCUGAAUCCAGGGGACGUACGACGCCUAAUGCUUGAUUUAGAUCCAUUGUUGGAGAUUGUAGACGAUGAGACUGCUAUCAAAUUCAGGCACCCUUCGUUUCCCGAUAUGCUCACGGGCAGUUCAAUGUCAUACAGAGGCGCCGAGUCUGUACAUGAAGAGUUCGUAUAUCUCUGCAUUCGACACAUCAAAAGGUUUCACCAACCAGGGUGUCCAUCUAUUGGAUAUACGGCUGCUGUAGAAUACUCCAUCAACAACAUAAGCGAGCAUAUACUUAAUUCAGCUUCUUAUGAUCAGGAAUUUCGGUCGACCAUAUCUGAAGUCCCAUAUGUCGAAUCUCUGAUAAAUGGGAUGUCGACUAUCCACAGUGGAACAUCUUCUACAAAGCUAUUAUGCGCUUUCUGGAAAGCAUUGAACAGGAAGUUCCAUGACGAUGCGUACAGGCGUCAGCGAGAUAUAUGGGAUCAAAGUCUUCUUAGUCGUCUGGAAAAGCUAUCACCAGAUUUUGCAGUAACCUUUUGCAUAUCGCUGGUGGCGACUAAAUGGAGAGUCGUGAACCCUUUGAACAUCAUAAGACAUCUGUCUGCCAUUACUUAUCCAAAGACCUACCAAGAUGCCUACUCUCUUGGACAAUUUCUAUACUACUUGCGCGAAAAUGACUCGCAGCAUAAUUCGUGGACUCCAGACGACGAAUACCGACAGCUUUUAUUGAACUUCUUUUUCGAUUCAUCGAGGUCAAAGUCAUGGUAUCUUGACCAGUCAAAAAUAUCUACAGUCGCUGAGGUGCUGAUGAAUUUUAUGGUUCGACCUUGGGACGAUACAAAACGCUCGAUCAGCUUACCUACAGCUUCUGGUAGUAAUCCUCAGUCAUGGCAAAGUAUUUUGCUAGCGUUUUCCCAUUUGUUGAAACAUAUCGGUUACAAAAAAGAACUUGUGGACACCCUUUCAGGACCGAAUCUUCUGUUCCGCGUGCACAUCGUCAAAAAGCAAACGGACGAAGUAUCUGACCUCGUGAAAACGGUGAUAGAUGCUGUCGAAGAAUAUAUGAUCAGGAAUGGUACGGGUUCGGCAGGUGCAUUAUUCAUUCAUAUUCGAGACGAUGCUGAGAAGACCCUGGCCGUUUUCGGAGGAAAUAAGGGUGAGAUAUAG